AGUACGUUCCUCUCAGUCUCGUACAAAACAUCACAAUUAACCCUUUCUCUAUUUUCUCACAUCUCUUCAUCACGCCAACUUCAAAACCGAGAGAGCUACCAAUGGGUAGAUCACCUUGUUGUGACAAAAAUGGCCUCAAGAAAGGACCCUGGACUACAGAAGAAGACCAGAAACUCGUUGAUUACAUUCAGAAACAUGGCUACGGCAAUUGGAGAGUACUUCCAAAGAAUGCUGGGUUGCAGAGGUGUGGCAAGAGUUGUCGCCUCCGAUGGACAAACUAUCUCCGACCAGAUAUAAAGCGUGGUCGAUUCACUUUUGAAGAGGAAGAGACCAUAAUACAACUACAUAGCAUUCUCGGAAACAAGUGGUCGGCUAUUGCUUCUCGUUUGCCUGGAAGAACAGACAAUGAAAUCAAGAAUUACUGGAACACCCACAUUAGAAAAAGGCUUCUGAGGAUGGGAAUUGACCCUGUAACGCAUAGGCCAAGGCUUGAUCUUUUGGACCUCUCUUCCAUCCUAAGUUCAUCCCUUUAUGGUCCGACACACAUGAACAUCCAAAGACUCCUCGGUACACAGACAAUGGUGAACCCUGAACUUUUAAAGCUUGCUUCAUCGCUCUUUUCUUCUCAGCAUCGUGAAAACGUCAACGUCUGUCCACAAAAUUGUGAAUACAACUUGCUCUGUGAUCCACAAAUUAACCAAAUUCCACACCUGGUACAGACUCAGGACUUUGCUCAAAAACCAUGUAAAACACCAGACGAUAUCGAUACAAUGAAUCCCCCUUGUUCUUCCUUGUCAAUGCCUUUCGCUCAAGAACAGUUUCUUGAAUGCAAUAUGAACCCUUACCCUUCUGUUUUCCAUGACUCCUCCUUCCAACAACAUUCUCAACCAAGUGAAUUACAAUGCAACGUAAUCGAUACUAGCUAUGUUGCUCAAUUACCAAGCUAUAACUACCAUGGCUCCGAUUAUGACGCAAAUCUUAUGGACCCUUCCGAAUCCUCAACCUAUAAUAACCAUUCCCAUAACAGCAAUCAGAACUUCAGCUUUGCUUCGGUUAUCUCAACGCCUUCGUCAAGCCCCACGCCGUUAAAUUCGAACUCGACGUACGUCAAUGGAAGUAGCAGUACUGAGGAUGAGAUAGAAAGCUAUGUGAGCAGCAACUUGUUGAGAUUAAUUGAAAUGCCAGACAUGUUAGGUGUUAAUGAGUUCAUAUAAAUGUUAAUGAAUUCACAGAAUGAAACAAUCAUGUCAAACAAAAGUGAAUCAACCGAAUGAUUCGUUAAUUCCUACUAGCAUUGAUUUAUCUGGGCUUGCUAGAUAAUUGCAACGAGGGAUUGUGUUGAUACAUGUAACAUUUUCUCUGUUUUUAAUAGUAUUGAUAGUUGAUAGUUGACUUUCUUCUUUGAGGCUUUCUAUGUGUUAGGAAGUAACAGUAUAUAAUAAAGGUCCUUAUCCUCUUCCAA